AUGACAAAGGCAGACAUCCGAGUACCGCAAGCUGCUGAGGAAUGCCAAGGACUGCUGGCCACCACCAGACCCUCCUUCUCACCCUGCCCCUCAUUCUGGGGGCCUGUCUCCUCCCCCCCCCACCUGAAGAUCCUGUGGGCUGGGCCAGUGUCGGUGCCUUUUGUGCCUCGGUUUCCCCGUCAGGCCCCUGAGCCCAUCCCUCCCCCCACCCCGCCCGCGGUUCUGCGCAGACAGCGGGGAGUGAGCGCUGUCAUUAAUCCUGAGCUCCCCUCCCCGGGGCAGAUCUUAUUCUGCACCCUCAACAGCCACAAGGUGGACAUGCAGAAGCUGCUGGGCGGCCAGAUCGGCCUGGAGGACUUCAUCUUCGCGCACGUGCGCGGCGAGACCAAGGAGGUGGAGGUCACGAAGACGGAGGAUGCCCUGGGGCUGACCAUCACGGACAACGGGGCCGGCUACGCCUUCAUCAAGAGGAUCAAGGAGGGCAGCAUCAUCAACAGGAUCGAAGCCGUGUGUGUGGGCGACAGCAUCGAGGCCAUCAACGACCACUCCAUCGUCGGCUGCCGCCACUACGAGGUCGCCAAGAUGCUCCGCGAGCUGCCCAAGGCCCAGCCCUUCACCCUGCGCCUGGUGCAGCCCAAGAGAGCCUUCGACAUGAUCAGCCAGAGGAGCCGGAGCAGCAAAUGCCCCGUGGAAGCAAAAGUGACCAGCGGGCGGGAGACCCUGCGGCUUCGUUCUGGGGGGGCUGCCACAGUAGAGGAAGUGCCCAGUGAAUUUGAGGAGGAGGCCUCUCGGAAGGUGGAUGACCUCCUGGAGAGUUACAUGGGCAUUCGGGACCCAGAGCUGGCGUCCACCAUGGUGGAGACAUCCAAGAAGACAGUGAGCGUUCAGGAGUUUGCACGCCGUUUAGACUCCGUCUUGGGCGAGUUCGCCUUCCCGGACGAGUUUGUGGUGGAGGUGUGGGCCGCCAUCGGGGAGGCCAGGGAGGCCUGUGGCUAAUUUGCCCCGGGGCUGAGCGCAG